GUUUAUACCCUAAAUUCCUAAGAAAGACAACUCUGCAGAAAAGAAAAUGAAGAAAUCUGUUGGGAACGAAUUGAAACAGUUGAAAUGACACACCUAAUGGGAAAUCAAAUAAAGGGAUCAUCUAUGGAUAAAGAUAAGACAGUUAAACCAGCAGCUGUUUCAGUAAAACCAGAAGUUGGUAGCAAACAUUUGACAGGUUCCCUCAAACUUACUGAACAUACUCCUGACCCUCAUGCUAGUGACCAUACCUCUUGCAAAGAAACUGAUAAAGGAAAUAAAGAACUUCAAGAUACAAAUCAAGGGAAAUCUAAAGACAAAUCAGUUGCUACUUUAUCAAUUAAUGGUGAUGAAGGUCAGAAAAAAAUAGGAUUGCCUUCUGGGGAUGAUGGAUAUAAAAAUGAAAAGUUUCAGUCUGAAACAUUUACAGAUAAAGAGACCAAAAAUCAAGACAAUGAAUGUGUGACUUUGAAAGGUGUGUCUAGUCCAAAGACUGUUCAUGAUGACCAUGUAGAAACAGAAUUAAGGUCUUUAGAAGAGAAAAGAGUACUAAAGCCAAGGCAAAUAUGCAAAAAUGGUGAGAUUUUGAAUGGUAAAUCAGAAACAAGUAAAAGAACAGCAGCUGGCUUAGAAGAAAGCAGUAAAUCAAGUACUGUUGCUUUAAAAGUAGAUGACAAGGAAGGAAAAGUUGACACAGAUAAAUUUACCCAGCAUGUUAAUAAGGUACAUUCAAUAGAGUCAGUCCAUAAUAUUCCUUGUGAAUAUGAUAACAUAAUACCUCGAGCAGUUGAACUUGAAAGUGUUGAAAAUUUGAAGCUAUUGAUUGAGAGACUAAAACCUGAAGAAGUUAAUUUGAGUGAUAAACUUACAAGUAUAACAAAGAUAAUUAGAGGGCAAUCUGAGCAUUCGGAGCUAUUUAUAGCAACAUUGGUCAGACACGGGUUCACUCAGAAAUUUGAAAGUUACCUUAAUGUGAAUGGUAUCAGUGCAGUUUCAGACAUAGAAUCUUCCAAGUGUGACCAUGGUAAAAAAUACUGGCCGACUGUUAAACGUUUUCUCAUGUUGCUUUGGAUAGCCUGCGAUCAAAGUGUGAACUUUUGUCAGCAUACCCUUACCUCAGAUAUAUUGCAAACAUUACAAACUGAUCUUAAAAGAUUAUGCCGUAUGAAAUACACUGAUUCUGAAAUUGAAACUUUCACCGUUAAAGCUAUUCUUGGGAUACUGCAUAACAUUUGCCGCCAUGUCCCAAACGGAAAAUGGAAACUGAGAAAUGACGGUUUGGUAUCAGUGGUGAGACUGUACCUCGAUAGCGAAAUUCCUAUGGUCAGGUUGAAGUCCCUUGUGAUAUUGUCAUACAUUCUAAGCGAAGCAGAAAACGAAAUGAUUAAUUCGGAGGAUGACAAUUUUAUGUUUAUUUUCAAAGUUUUAGGAGAUGCCCUCCAUUCAGUCAAUCAUAAGUCCAGUAAAUAUGGAAUGGGUGUAGUAGAGGUCAUGAAAGGUCUAAACAAUCUUGCAAUUAAUGAUGAAAAUAAAAUUCGUAUUGUCAGGAAUGGAGGUCUGCCAUUGUUUCAGGAAAUUUUAGAGGGAGGUAGUCUUGAUGAAGUUAAGGUGACCAUAACAACACUGUGGAGCUUGGCAUUCCACCACUACAACAAAGUCAAGAUGAGGGAAAUGCCAAAGAUUAUGUCAAAGUUAUAUGAGUUCCAGCACUGCAGAGAUGAAGAGAUAUGCCAUGCAGCAAGAGGGACAUUCUGGGAACUUGAGAAUAUAUCCAAGUCAUCUAUAGGAUCCUCUGUUUCUUCAUCAUUAUCAGCAGAUAAGGAUCCAAGCCAGCCUCACAUAAUGAUAAGUUACCAGUGGGACUCCCAGGCUGUUAUGAUGAAGGUCAAGGACAGGUUAAGGCAGGCAGGAUAUAAAGUCUGGAUGGAUAUAGAACACAUGACUGGGUCAACUUUAGAAGCUAUGGCUCUAGCUGUCGAGAAAGCUGCAGUUGUGUUAGUAUGCAUGUCACAGAAAUACAAGGACAGCCCAAACUGUAGAACAGAGGCAGAGUAUGUGUAUAGAUUAAGAAAAGACUUUGUACCGUUGCGCCUUCAGAGGGAAUAUAUACCUGAUGGUUGGCUAGGAAUCCUUGUUGGAACACGGUUAUACUUUGACAUAUAUUCCGAGGACCAGCUGGAUGUCCAGGUUCCAAGACUGGUUAAAGAGUUACGUGAUAGAGGAAAAAUUAGUCCAACACUAGAUCAGCCUGAUCAUUCUAGAUUGCCAAUAGUGCCACAAAGGAUGACAUCGAGGGAGGCUGUUCCGAUACUUCACCACCCAGCAAGUCCUACUGUCUCGAGUUGGACUCCUAUUGAUGUUAAACAUUGGCUUACAUCUAUUGGUCUCUGUGACUUUGUACAGAAUUUUGAUGAUAUUGAUGGGCUUCUAAUUCUGGAAUUACAGAAGAUUCAGGAGUCUGCACCGGAAUAUUUUCACACCAUUCUACGCAACGAUUUCAGCCUUACAGUAACAGAAGCCCUCAAAUUGUCCAGACAUCUCAGGCAGUUAUCUUAACAUAUGUCUGGUGUUUUUGUAUACUUCAACAUAGGUUGUGUUAAGAAAAAGGUCUAUAUGUUCUAAAGCCACUCAUUCAUUUUGCUGACGAUUUGAACAAUUUCCUGCAAAAAAUUGAUAAUAUGUAGGUAAGGGAUUAGUUACAUCAAAGCAUAUUUUUAUGCUCUUAGAGAGUUUUUGUUAGACAAUUUAGAUGCCAAUUUGUUCUUUCCUUCCUGUCUUUAAUACUGCUUCCCUCCAUUCAGUUCUUCCACCCUCACAUAUGAAUGCUUAUAUUGUUAUGAAAACAAUAAAGGUUAUGUUAAGGUUAUAUUUAUAAUUCUAAGAAUGGCAGUAAAUUUUUUAAAAAAAUUAAAAGAACAAUGGAGAGAUAAAUAGGAUAAUCAGUGUAUCAUCUGUUUGUGUGGAAGUCAGUCCCUCACAUUUGCUGACCAUUUCUCAUGACACCUUCAUUUAUUGACUUAAAUACAGUUAUAAAGUAAAUGUGUUGGUAACUUCGAACAGUCAAUUGAACUCAAUGUUUUAGUUGGGUUUUAGAUUGAUUGGACCAAGGUUAAAAUUACUCAGACUCAACAGAUAUUGUAUAAAUUUUCCUGACAGUAAUGGCUUUGUUCAGAAGGACAUUGUGGAGCAUCCUCUUGUGUUAUGGAUGCUUUUAAUGUAAAGUGUUCUGGCUUCAAGGUUAUAAAACUUUUUCUUAGAUCUGUUUCGAUUCUCAAGAUUUUUAUUGGUCAUUGCCUAUCCUGAGUGUCAAAGUUUCUGACCAAUGAAAUUCUUGAGAUCUGAGUUUAAGAGAAGAACUUUUCUUUAUAGCGUCCACCCUAAUUUUUUGGCUAUAUGAUUAUCUUUGUUUAUUCCGUUUAAUAUUUGUGUACGGGUUGAUCCUUGAUGUAAAAUAGAGAAUUUAUAUGAAACUUAUUGAAAUAUGAAUAAUAUUGGACUAGCGUAUAUAAUUCUGAGGACUGACAGUAGAGACAGGUCAAUUUCAUGAAUUCAGAGACUUAUUUCCUGACUUGGCAAAGUACCCAACAUAUAAGGGAUGGGCAGGGUUGAGCCUGUCAGUCCUCAGCAUUAUAUACACUAGUAUGUAUAUAUUUCAAUAAAUGUCAUAUAACUUUCCUAUUGGAGUACAUGUAUAUACAUGCUCAGAACUAACAGGAGAGAUUUAGAGACCGCCAAGUCAGGUUAGCAGUAGACUCACUAAAGUUUCAAAAAACAAUUUCAAUAUGC